AAAAAAAAAAAAAAAAAAAAAAAAAAAAAAAUUAAAAUGGAGGUUUUGAUCGGCUGCCUCUCCACAUAAUUAUUACCAAAGGAUUUAUGGGGCCCACUAGAAAUCCUUCAAACUUCAGCCCUUGGAUGCAGCUUUUUUAAAAAAAAAAAUCCUUUAACCAUAAAGAACCAGUGCACCAUCAUCAUCGGGCCAUUAACCAACAAAAAAGAAAAAAGAGGAGGAGCGAAAAAAUGGUUUGUGUAGCAACAGCUUCACUCUCGUCCCUCCACCACCUCUCUUCUUCACUUCUCUCCUUAUCCUCCCUCUCCCUCCGACCCUCCAUACGACAUAUUCUCCCUCGCGUUUUGUGUUCUCUUUCAUCAUCCACUUCGGAGUUCAACAUCUCCUUCGCUCCGGCCAAGCCCAAACCCCAACCGGAGGCCACGGAGGUCGACUCCCUCUUCGGCGCCGACGGCAGCCAGCUCUUCAUCCCCUGGAUCAUCCGCGGCGACGAUGGCAACCUUAAGCUCCAGUCUCACCCCCCGGCGCGCCUCCUCCACGCCAUGGCCCACGCAGACACUAAGAACUCCAAGAAGAAGAAGCCAACGGCGGCGGAGAAGAAGAAGAAGAACGAUAAAGCCGACAAGAGCGUCGCUGAGCCCAAGUAUUCGAAGGCGGCGCGUCGGUUUUACAACGAGAAUUUCAGGGAAUCCGACCAGAGGCUCAGCAAGGUUCUCGCCGCUGCCGGAGUAGCAUCAAGGAGAAACAGCGAGGAACUUAUUUUGGAAGGCCGAGUGACUGUUAAUGGUUCUGUUUGCAAUACUCCUCAGACUCGAGUUGACCCUGCGAAGGAUGUUAUUUAUGUCAAUGGCAAUCGGCUUCCCAAGAGACUGCCCCCAAAGGUUUAUCUAGCGCUCAACAAGCCAAAGGGGUAUAUUUGCUCAGUUGGGGAUAAAAAAUCUGUGAUGUCUUUAUUCGACGAUUAUUUAAAGAUCUGGGAUAAAAGAAAUUUAGGGCAAUCCAAACCGAGAUUAUUUACCGUUGGUCGGCUUGAUGUUGCCACAACUGGGUUGAUUAUAGUGACCAAUGACGGAGAUUUUGCUCAAAAACUUUCACAUCCUUCAUCCAACUUGUCAAAAGAAUACAUUGCAACUAUAGAGGGAACAGUUAGCAAGAAGCACUUGCUAGUGAUCAGUGAGGGAACAUUCAUCGACGGCGUCCAUUGUGUACCAGAUUCAGUGGAGUUACUCCCAAAUCAGCCAGAAAUGCCUAGACCCCGUUUACGUGUUGUGGUCCAUGAUGGGAGGAAGCAUGAAGUGCGAGAACUAAUGAAAAAUGCUGGACUUGAGAUUCAUUCAUUAAAGCGUGUACGAAUUGGUGGCUAUCGACUUCCAUCAGAUCUUGGGCUCGGGAAGCACGUCGAGCUAAAACAAGGUGAUCUGUCGGCUCUCGGUUGGAAGAGUUAGGGCAAGUCACUGCUUAACUGCUGUUCAGCAUCCUCAAUCUUUCCAGUAGUCACUUCAGACGUCAAGGUGUCAAAGUCCAUUGGCCGAUUCGCCGAUGCCUUGUGGGUUAGAAUUGCUGAUUUAGAUCUCAUACCUCAUUCAUAGCACAAUGAUUGGAUUUUUGGUGUGGAUUUAUCGUCUAGUCUAUAAUGAACGCAAGGUUAUACUACAGCUACUGACAGAAUAAGAGAUUUGUCCAUUUCUGGUGCAGAGUUUGAUGUAAAACCUGCCAUGUGAAAAUUACUUGGUUGUAGGGUCAAUCAUAUCUCAGCUCUAUUCGGAUGUUGCUAAAGAUUGACAAUAACUUCUGACCAAAAUGGGCUCUAGCUGAAAGUUCAUUUGUCAUCUGCUAGAGAUCAGAAGUCGUAAAGUUCUUACUCUGAAAUGCGGAGUCAAAAUAGAAUCAUUUUCAUACCGAAGGAUUUAUGUUUGGUGUUUUUAAUCUUAUUCUGCCAAGGAUUCAGCUUGUGCUUUAUUUGCAUAAAGCUGUGGCCUUAUAAAUGUGGGGUGAAGCUCUUUUUUUUAUUUCUUUUAUUAAUUUUUUUUAUUUCUUUGGCUGCUAGUAAGGUAAGGCCCAUUUCCAUGUGC